CUGCCUACUCUAGUCAUGCUGAGCGAUGCAUUCAUUAGAGACAAUGACUAUCCUGCUUCUGUGGCUACUGGUUUACCAUCUCAGUGUACUCAAUCCCGCACAAGCUUCCAAAUGCCUACUGCAAAAUGAAUUUGAGCCAGGCCUCAUGGCUAAUGGAGAUUUUGUAAUAGGUGGUAUUUUUCCUUUACACUAUAAUCAGGAAAUGCCAGACCUCAACUUUACUUACAAACCUGGGCCGGUCAAAUGUAAUGGGUUUGAUACGAGAGCUUUUAGAUGGGCCAUUACAAUGAAACUUGCAGUGGAAGAAAUUAACAAGCGAGUUGAUCUCCUUCCUAACUACACUUUGGGUUACAAAAUCUUUGACUCUUGUGCUUACCCUCUGACAGGACAGAGAUCAGCAGUGGCUGUUCUAAAUGGGCCAAAUGAACUAGAAAGCCCCUUGUGUGCAGAUGCUGCUCCACUGCUUGCUGUGAUAGGAGAAUCUGGGUCAGCUCAGUCUAUUGUAGUUUCUAGAAUUUUGCAACCUUUUGGGAUACCAAUGAUCAGUUAUUUUUCAUCAUGUGCCUGUCUGAGUGAUAGGAGAGAAUUCCCCACAUUCUUCAGAGUCAUACCUAGUGAUGCUUAUCAAGUGAAGGCCAUUGCCAAACUCCUGCGGCAUUUUAACUGGACAUGGAUCGGAGUGAUACGAGGAGAUCACGAGUAUGGCCGCUUUGCCCUUCAGGGCUUACUGAAGGAGCUGGAGGGUACAGGCAUAUGUGUUGCUUAUCAGAAGAUGAUCCCUUUGUUAUAUGAUCGUCAGAAGGCGCUGGAAAUAAUACAUGUCAUGAGCCACUCCACUGCCCGUGUAGUAGUGGUGUUUUCAGCUGAAGGUGAGCUCACACCUUUCUUGAGAGAUUACAUGGAACAGAAUGUGACAGGCAUACAGUGGAUCGCAAGUGAGGCUUGGGUUACAUCCUCUGUGUUUGCAGGAAGUGAAUUUGACCCUUUCCUUGGAGGGACUAUUGGAUUUGGCAUUCGACAGGGUCAAAUUCCUAGAUUAAAAGAAUAUCUCACAACUGUGAACCCAGAAAGGUACCCCACAAAUCCUCUGGUUUAUGAGCUUUGGGGGGCUUUAUAUGGCUGUUCCCCCUCAUGGUCCAACCUGAGUAGUCACUUGCCAUCCUGUACAGGGAAGGAGACUGUUAGGCUGCAGUAUUCUGCCUAUUUAAACACAUCCAGUCCUCGCAUUUCCUAUAAUGUCUACAAAGCAGCAUAUGCCAUUGCAUAUUCCCUGCACAAUCUUAUUUACUGUACCCCUGGAAAAGGACCAUUUAGUAACUCCACAUGUGCAAACGCACCUCAUAUCUACCCGUGGCAGUUACAACAGUAUCUCCAAGAGGUGUCAUUCACUAUUUCAGGAGAGAAAGUGAACUUUGACAUGAAAGGUGAUUCUAUUCCAUCCUAUGACCUCAUAAACUGGCAGAGGGGCUCAGCAGGAAAUAUUGAGUUUAUUAAUGUGGGCAUGUUCGAUGGUGCACUUGAAUCUGGCCAAGAGCUGGUCAUCAAGGAGGAGGCUAUCAUGUGGCCCGGCCAUCAGACUGAGGUGCUGGUGUCUGUGUGCAGCAACAGCUGUGCUCCGGGAUUCAGGAAGGCUGUUCGUCGUGGCCAGCCUCUGUGCUGCUUUGACUGUGUACCAUGUGACAGUGGCAAAAUCAGUAAUGAGACAGAUUCACUAGAUUGUAUUGCCUGCUCUGAAGAUUACUGGUCAAAUGCUGAUGGAACAGUGUGCAUUCCUAAAGUGGUUGAAUUCCUGUCCCAUGAUGCAAUGGGAUUAACCCUGACAGUAAUAGCUGUAGCAGGAGCCUGCCUCACAUUAGCUGUGUUUUCCGUGUUUCUUUAUUACAAAAACACUCCUGUAGUACGCAUAAAUAACUCCGAACUCAGUUUCUUCAUCUUGUUAUCACUGACUCUUUGUUUUCUGUGUGCUUUGAUAUUCAUCGGGGAACCCACAUCUUGGUCCUGUAUGCUUCGACACACUGCAUUCAGCAUCACCUUCUCGCUUUGCAUCUCUUGCAUCUUGGGAAAGACUUUAGUGGUGCUGGCUGCUUUCACAGCGACCCGACCUGGAAACAAUUUAAUGAAAUGGUUGGGCCCUACACAGCAGAGAAUCAUCAUUUUCUGCUGCACUCUCAUUCAGGUGCUCAUAUGUACAGUCUGGCUUGUAGCAUCCCCACCAUUUCCCUAUAGAAACACUAAAUAUCAACAGUCCAAGAUCAUUCUGGAUUGCAGUGUGGGCUCUGAUCUGGCAUUUUGGUGUGUGCUGGGAUAUAUCGGUCUUUUAGCUUGUGUCUGCUUUUUUCUGGCUUUUCUGGCACGGAAAUUACCAGGUAAUUUUAAUGAGGCUAAAUACAUCACCUUCAGCAUGAUUAUAUUUUGCGCAGUAUGGCUGGCUUUUGUGCCUGCAUAUGUCAGUUCACCUGGUAAAUUUACAACUGCUGUGGAGAUUUUUGCCAUUUUAGCCUCUAGUUUUGGCCUGCUUCUUUGUUUAUUUACCCCAAAGGUUUAUAUCAUUUUAGUGAAGCCAGAGAAGAACACAAAACAACAUCUCAUGGGAAAAGACAAGUGAUAAAGCUGAACAUUAAUUAGAUCCAGUACAAACAUAAUGAAAAAAUAAUAAUCAUAAUACACAACAAAAUCCUUAAUCCAUAAUCCAACUGAAAAUAUCAUGAAAUAAAUAAUCAAAACAGAGGAGAAAAAUCAUGUGUAAAGCAAAUCCACCAAAGGCAAGUAAAAAUGCAUCCAUGUGCAUUUUUAUCUAUUUUAAUAAAAUAUUUAUAAUAAUA